UUUCUACCCUUGCACGUUUGCUAGUUCGUUUUCCAUUUUUGUGUUCAUAAAAGCCUCAAAGUCAUCACAAUAAAAUUGGACAAUCUAGUCACCUGGAAGCAGUAUAGAAACGGGCCAAAUUAUUUGUAAUAUGUUGAGGCUGUCGCUGACCUCGGUGCUGAACACGCCGUCAGAUCAACCUGCGCUCAGCACACGAGACACCAGUGGCUCACACCCUCUUUGAUUUUUUUUUUUUUUUACACUCAUCCCAUAACAGCUUUCAUCUACAAUAUCAACUUUAUCGCUUUUCUCUUUUCUUUCCCCUCUCUGGCAGAGGGAGUCUCGUCGUUCACUCCAAGGCAUCAUCCACUCAGUUGGUGCCUUUGCUGCUCGCUACUGGCCAGUUGCGCCUCCUGCUCUCCAGCUCGCCAUCCAGGGAGCGAGGUUGAUGCUGGAUGAUGAAUGAAGGCGCUCACAUCGCCUGAUCCCUUUCACUAGACGAAGGUGUUUUCUGUUUUUUUUUUUCUUUCUUUCUUUUUUUUUUUUUUUUUUUUUUUGUGGAUUCGUCGUCCAGGAAGACUCAUCAUCUGGAUCGUCGCCUGUCUUGCUCUCAGAACUUGGCUCGUUAUUUAACCGUGUAGCCGCCUGAGUCGGCUCUCCCGCUCAGGAACAUCAUGUGCAAGCAGUAAAGCGCAGACUACAACAACGACGACAGCACAGGCCUGCACAUAGACGCUGGAUAUGGAGUCGAUGAAGACCAGGGCCACGGUGGGGAUGAAGGAGUUGGCGGGGAAGACCCUGGGCCACAUGCACAGGGUGAUGGAGAAGAGGCAAAAAGGCGGAGAAGUGAUCGAGUUGACGGAAGACGGGCGGCCCCGCGAGGCCGCGGAGAAGAAGCCCCCAUUGUGCGAUUGCAAGUGCUUCGGACUGCCGCGCCGAUACAUCAUCGCCAUUAUGAGUGGCCUGGGAUUCUGCAUCUCUUUUGGCAUCCGGUGCAAUCUGGGCGUGGCCAUCGUGGGCAUGGUUAACAACAGCACUAUCCACCAGAAUGGCAAGAUCAUCAUUAAAGAGAAAGCCAAGUUCAACUGGGACCCAGAGACCGUGGGAAUGAUUCACGGAUCUUUCUUCUGGGGCUACAUCGUGACACAAAUCCCAGGAGGAUACAUCUCCUCCAGGCUGGCUGCAAACAGGGUUUUUGGCGCAGCCAUUGUUCUCACGUCAAUUCUCAACAUGUUCAUUCCCUCUGCUGCUCGUGUCCAUUAUGGUUGUGUCAUUUUUGUUAGGAUAUUGCAAGGACUGGUAGAGGGAGUCACCUACCCAGCAUGUCAUGGCAUAUGGAGUAAAUGGGCACCUCCACUGGAAAGGAGUCGUCUGGCCACCAUCUCUUUCUGUGGUUCUUACGCUGGUGCUGUGAUCGCAAUGCCUCUGGCUGGGAUACUGGUCCAGUAUACAGGAUGGUCUUCGGUAUUUUAUGUCUAUGGAUGCGUUGGUAUCUUUUGGUACAUGUUCUGGAUAUUUGUAUCCUAUGAGAGCCCUGCUGAACAUCCCACCAUAAGUGACGAGGAGCGCUGCUACAUAGAGGAGAGCAUUGGAGAGAGUGCCAUGUUAAUGGGCCCUGCUGAGAAAUUCAAGACACCAUGGAGGAAGUUCUUCACCUCAAUGCCGGUCUAUGCAAUUAUCGUGGCCAACUUCUGCAGGAGCUGGACGUUUUACUUGCUACUCAUCAGCCAACCUGCAUACUUUGAGGAAGUGUUUGGCUUUGAGAUAAGCAAGGUUGGCAUACUGUCUGCUCUGCCCCAUUUGGUGAUGACCAUUAUUGUGCCCUUUGGCGGCCAGCUGGCAGACCACCUGCGUAGCAAGAAUAUCCUGUCAACAACCACAGUCCGAAAAAUCAUGAACUGCGGAGGAUUUGGCAUGGAGGCAACGCUCCUGCUAGUGGUAGGAUACUCUCACAGUAAAGGGGUAGCCAUCUCUUUCCUGGUGCUGGCAGUUGGCUUCAGUGGAUUUGCUAUAUCAGGCUUUAAUGUCAACCAUUUGGAUAUUGCGCCCCGGUACGCCAGUAUCCUUAUGGGCAUCUCUAAUGGAGUGGGAACCCUCUCCGGGAUGGUGUGUCCACUAAUUGUUGGUGCUAUGACAAAAAACAAGACAAGAGAGGAGUGGCAGUACGUGUUCCUCAUUGCCUCCUUAGUGCACUAUGGGGGUGUGAUAUUCUAUGGGAUCUUUGCAUCAGGAGAAAAACAACCGUGGGCCGACCCCGAGCUCACCAGCGAGGAAAAGUGCGGCUUCAUCGAUGAGGACGAGCUGGCAGAGGAGACGGGUGACAUCACACAGAGUUACGGUGCUUACGGCGGGCCUGCCAAGUCGUAUGGCGCAACCACACAGGUGAACGGAGGAUGGGCCGCUAACUGGGAGAAGACAGAGGAGUAUGUGCAAGAAGAGUCUCAGGGAGGAGGCUAUGGUUAUGGGCAAGAAGAGGGAUAUUCUUAAACCAAACACACAAUACACACGUAGACCUCUUGAGUGUGUGUCAGUAUAGUCAUAAAUUAUAUCAACAAAUUACAAAGAAAAAAAAAAAACUCCCAAUCCAUUGUUGUUGUUUGCACAAGAAGUAUCAGCGUAAUGUAUAAUUGAAAAACUAUUAAAUGGUAUUUGACUGAAAAGAUGUAAAACACAUAUCAAAUUGGCAACCUGUAAAUGUAUCAUGCAUAUGGAUAGUCAAUAUACUUAUUUGAAGUGAGAUUGUGUUUUAAUGUAAAUUCCUCAUCUCAUCCAAGAAAGGCUUCCUAAAAAACAGAAGCCUGUAAGAUGGAGAGCCCUCAUCAAUUACAUGACCUGCUUCUGGUUAAAAUACCACACACUGCAAGCCAAACUUAAAGGGUCUAUAAACUUGUCACUGCACAGCAUUACAGUAUAAACAGAAACUGACCACCGUCAAUAUUGAUUGUAUUGUAUCACUCCUAAGAGCACAUUUUUUGCAUUGUUCUAGUGUAGACAUUUGACAUGUGACAAAGUGACAUGUGUUUGGUAACAUUGCAUUAAGGUACAAUGUCUCUUUCCAAUGUUUCCUGUGUAAAAUCCAUUUUGUAACAUGAAAUCCCUGCGGUAAAGAGUGUGAGGUUAGCAAUCUCAACAGUUUAGUGCAAGAGUAAAGUGUUAUUUUGUUAAAUAAAAUGUUUGUUGUCAAAUAAGCACAUAAAAAUAUAACAUAGAUAAUCACCAAUGCAGAACAGAAAAGACACGCUGGAAGCAAUUUUUUUUCCCCGAUCAAAAAGAUUUAAUGUAAAAACAGAGUAACUGCAGGGUUUGUGCAAUGCAACAAAUUUGUUUCUCAGCAACAGAAUAUCAAUAUAUUAGAGCAGCACAAUAAUACUGAGUAACAUUGAAAAUAGAAAAUGCACAUAGUUAAAGCACAUUUUUAGCAAGUAAGAAGAUAUUACGUGUAUUUCAGAGAAUGAGGUGAGCAUUCCUAAAAAUAUAUGGAUGUUUGCGUUUAUUGAUAGUUAAAAUAAAGUAAAUAAUUAUUUUCCAUCUGAAGAAAUAAUAAUCUGGCUAUUAGAAAAAUAUAACACAUUUUAAAGAUUUGUCUAAACGUAAACACUCAUAUUCCAAAAAUCAAAUAUAACAAAUAAUGGGCCAACACAUUCCAUCUUAUAAUUGCUCAAGGGGCCAAAUAUCAUUCUCCACCCAUUCAUCAGCAAUCAACAUUAAUAAAUGCGUGUGAAAGAGUAUUUAUGCAUGAAACCUGGUGGUGCAACUGUUCUUUUUGUUCAUUCCAUCCUUUCAAAAUUGUUUUCUUUUUUGGGUUUUGUCUCAGAAACUGUUACCGGUGUUUCAAUUUCUUUGCACAAUCAACCAAAGGGAAGAGCAAAAAUAGGUUUUAAAAGAAAGUUAAAUUUUCUAAACAACUAAAAGACCAUCAGCAACAAGUUUGCAGUCUGUACCACAAGUGUGCAAAUGGCACCAAACAUUUCUCUGUACUGUACAAAGCAAUAAAUCUAUAGUAACAAUUCUGUACCGAUUUUCAGCAUCACCAUUAGAUACUACUCAACAGGUUGUAUGCAUUUGUUCAAAAUUCAUAUUUUUGUGAUUAUAAAUGUAGAAAAUGUGCACAGGUAGAAAAUGUAUGUAUAAAAGGAUGCUAUAAUAUAGUCCAUGAUAUAUGAUACAGUAUGUAGUCUACCACAAACAUCUUUGACAAUGUCAAUAAGAGUUUGUAACUGGGCUGCUCACCAGAUAUGAAUGAUAAAGUGGCUCCGUGAAAAACGGGUGCUGUUUUACUUAAUGUGCUUCUAUUUUUUUUGUCCCUCUGGAUUGUACUGUAUACUCUUGUGUCUCUUCUCCCCUAUUUGUCUUAUUGUCUUCUCUGUCUCUCUCUAUCUUUCUAUCUAUCUCUAUCACGCUCUAGUUUGUCAGUGUUGUAAAUCAAGUGGAAGGACCCUCAUCUUCCUUUUAUACCCCAGUCACCCAGUGUAGUGUUUCCAUUCUUUUGCCCUUGUGUAUUUUCUGAUUUGCUGUAGCUGUCUUAACAGUCACUGGCAUUCAAGGACAAUAAUUGAAGUCUGUACUUUCAAAAAACAAAACAGAACAAAAAAUAAUUGUGCAACAUUAAGUAGUUCAACUUUCCUGUUUUUGUGCCUCUGAAGUUAAAGUGUAAUUCUCUGCCUUUUGUUGCUGUGUAAACUGAGAGGUUUGUUGUUGUCAAAAAAGAUACUCUAGAUCUUUUUUUUUUUUUUUUUUUUUUUAAAUAACAAACUAUGGAAAAACAA